GAUUAAUUUUUCUCAUUUGCCCUCCAAAAGUUACAAAUAUCGAAUGCCGCCCACCAGCCACCACCCCACCCAAAACCCAACCCAUUAAGUUUACAAAAUAACCACUUUGAAAAAUAAAAUUAAAAAUUCCAAAAGCAAAAUCACUAAAACCCAAAUUCGUUUCACGACAUCAGAUUCUCAGCAUAAUCCAACACCGAAUCGCAGUUAUCUCUCAGCAUAAUCGAAAUUUAGGGGAUCGAUGGGGGCGCUGAUGUCAAAGAUGUGGUUCAUGCUGUUUCCGGCGAAGGAGUACAAGAUCGUGGUGGUGGGGCUCGACAACGCCGGAAAAACGACGACGCUUUACAAGCUCCAUUUGGGGGAGGUGGUCACUACGCAUCCAACUGUCGGCAGCAAUGUUGAAGAGGUUGUCUACAAGAAUAUUCGAUUUGAGGUGUGGGAUCUUGGCGGUCAGGAUAGGUUGAGGACAUCGUGGACAACAUAUUAUCGCGGGACUCAUGCUGUUAUAGUAGUUAUAGACAGCACGGAUAGAGCUCGGAUCUCCAUAAUGAAAGACGAACUAUUCGGGCUGCUUCCAAAUGAGGAUCUCCAGAGUGCAGUAGUACUCGUAUUUGCUAACAAACAGGAUCUCAAGGACGCUAUGACCCCUGCUGAGAUAACCGAUGCUCUAUCUCUUCACAGUAUCAAGAACCACGACUGGCACAUCCAAGCUUGCUGUGCACUAACCGGUGAAGGCCUAUACGAUGGUCUCGGAUGGAUUGCACAAAGAGUCGCUGGAAAAGCAACCACCUAGACGCACUCCAUUUACACAACAUUUUCACUUUCCAUGUACCGCCCCUAACAUUGUUCUUUGUUGUUUCGUGAACUAUAUUUUUCAUGUAAUCAAAGAAGCAUCAUAUUGAUGGGUUUUGGUGAA